AUGAUAAGUUCGACAUUACGAGAAUUGUAUACUCUGUAAUACGACCCGCUCAGCCAACAUGUUUAAAGUAACCACGGUGUGUAUGUGGCUAUUUGCCUUUAACAAUCUUGUGUCUUCCGAGUAUAUUUAUGAAGGUUUGAGCAACUCGUACGAAUUGGACUGGUGGCAAAAAGAAAUUAUUUAUCAAAUUUACGUGAGAUCAUUCAGAGACAGCAAUGGCGAUGGAAUUGGAGACCUGAACGGUAUAACAGAAAAAGUCUCAUACUUCAAAAGUAUAGAUGUUGGUGCCGUUUGGUUAUCGCCGAUAUUCCUUUCACCGCAAAAUGAUUUUGGUUAUGAUAUUUCUGACUACAAAGAGAUCGAUCCUAUUUACGGUACAAUGGAAGACUUUGAACGAAUGAGAGAUGAGUUUCAUAAACAUGGCAUAAAAGUCUUAUUGGACUUUGUACCGAAUCACACAAGUGACGAACAUGAAUGGUUCCAAAAAUCAAUUAAAAAAAUAGAGCCCUUUACUGAUUAUUACGUAUGGAAAGAUCCAAUCAUUGAUAUACAUGGCAAUAAAACGCCUCCAAGUAAUUGGUUGGGUGUGUUCAAUAGUGGAUCUGCGUGGGAAUGGAAUGAUGAACGUCAACAAUAUUAUUUACAUCAGUUUCAAGUGAAACAACCAGAUUUGAACUACAGGAAUCCGUCGGUUAGAGAAGAAAUUAAGAACACACUAUUAUAUUGGUUGGGACGUGGAGUUGACGGAUUUAGAUUCGAUGCUGUUAACUAUCUAUUUGAAAGAGAAGAUCUACUUGAUGAACCAAAGUCCAACAAAGUUGGCUAUUUGGACACCGAUUACGAUUCCUUAAUACAUACAAGCACACUUGAUCAACCGGAAACUUAUACCAUUGUAAGCUCAUGGAGACAGAUGCUGGACAGCUACAGGACCAGUGAAAAGAAAACUAAAUUUAUGAUGGUGGAAUGUUACUCACCUUUUAAUAAUACCAUGCUGUACUACGGUAACCAGUCAUCGCCUGGUGCUCAUUUUCCAUUCAACUUUUUAUUCAUUAAUACGUUUGAUCAACAAUCGGAUGCUGCUAAAGUUUAUGAUAUAAUCAAAUCCUGGAUGAAAGGUAUGCCCAGUGGCAUGUGGCCCAACUGGGUGUUAGGUAACCAUGAUAACUCGAGAGUGGCUACAAGAAGCAACCCAAUGUUAGUCGAUGGAUUACAUAUGAUGCAACAUCUCUUGCCUGGCACCUCAGUAACUUAUUACGGAGAUGAACUCGGUCUAAUAGACACAAAUGUUCGUUGGGACCAAACUGUUGAUCCAGCUGGGCUUAACGUUGGCCCUUAUAGGUUCUUAAAAUUCAGCAGGGAUCCCGUAAGGACUCCAUUUCCGUGGGAUAGUUCGUUUAACGCAGGUUUUUCUAAUUCAUCUAAAUUGUGGCUUCCUCUAAACUCCGAUUAUUGGCAAAGAAAUAUAGCAGAAGAAUCAAAAUAUAAAAGUAACCUAAGGUCAUACAGGCAAUUGGCUCGGUUAAGGAGGAGUCUAACAUUUGUCAAAGGCGAUUUGCAUUUAUACACUUUAUCCAAAUGGGUAUUUGGAUUUUCACGGAGUUUUUAUGAUCAUCCUACAUACUUCAUUUUAAUCAACUUAGGGAGUGAAAUAGAAACAGUUGAUUUAACGAAAGCUAGAAAUACUUUACCACAGAUUUUAAAAAUUAAGGUCUCUAGUAUUAACUCUGGUUAUGUAACCGGAAAUUUAGUAAACACAAAUUGUGUGUUUCUGCGUCCAAAAGCAGCUGUUGUACUCACAACCUCGAGAAUAAAUGAAGAUUCAUUAUCUAAUUUGUAGAAUAUUAAAAAAUAUAAUUAACUAAUGUAAAUUAUUAAUUGAAGUAUUAAAUUAUAUUUAAUUAUUUUAAUUAGUUCCCAAUAAACUAAAUCCAUUUGAAAGUA